AUGAAGAAAAAUUUGAGCUUUUUGGGCCGUGCCGGCCAUUUUGCUUCAAGCCCUUAUAAGGCCGGACCGGGCUUGGAAAAAUGCCCGGAAGUCGAUAGGGCCGGCCCGUCACCCUCCCGGCCCCCCGACCAUUUUGUAAGCCCGGCCCGGCCUUAGCGGGGCCUCAAGAAAAAAUGACCCGCCCGGCCCAAAACGCGCAAUUUUUUCUAGUCGGAUAUCAAGUUCGGAUAUAAAUUUUUUUACGACAAAAAUUACGUUUUUGCUCAAUUUUUUUCACUUAAAGUUCAACAAAAAAACUAUGCUUUCAAAAGUAAAAGUAACAUCUCGGUGAAAAUUUUUUAAAUGAAUUUGUAAUUUUUGAAGCCCGGCCCGGCCCGAGCCCACGCGGGCUUUUUCCUGAAAAUGGGGCCCAAAGCCCGGGCCAGGCCGCCCGGUCUGACGCACAAGCCUGUGGUCAGCAGGCUUGUGCGAGGGCCGGCCUGUCACCCUCCCGGCCCCCCGACCAUUUCGUAG